CGCGUUAAGCUAAACCACUUAAAAAUCUGUGAGGAGGAAAAAAUUAGUACAAAAACGGGAAGGAAAGAGAUCAAGUCGAUAUAAAAAGCAAGCAUAUAAUAAAACAAUUAUGCGUGCGAAUUAACUUUGUUAUGAUUUAGACAAAACGUAAAAUUCCCUCAAAUUGACGUUUUUUUUUUGAAAAGAAAUUUCGAAUCGACGUGCGAAAAAUGAACAAAAUACUCGUUUUAUUUGUAUUUUUAAUCAAUUUACUACAUCAUCGUUGUCUCAAUGGAGGAGCAUUCGCCUCGAUGUCUGGCUUUUACAUCGACAACGGGCUCGAUAAGACGGUGUUGCACCAGGAACUCUCGCUGGAGGACCAGAUGGAAGUCGAACACGAGAUUUUAGACUUGCUCGGAUUGCCAGACAGACCAAAGAGGAAACACAUUCAUCCGUCACUGAGAAAAUCAGCUCCUCGCUUCUUGAUGGACAUCUAUCAGAAACUCGAGGACGAGAAUAAUCUUCAUGCCAGACGAUCACGAAGUGUUGAAGAUAAUUUUCUGACGGAAGAGGAUGAAAAAGCGAUCGAUCAAAGUGACAUUAUUAUGACAUUUUUGACAAAAAAUCAUCACGUUCCUGAAGUUCGUCACGAACGAGGACGUCGUUUAUGGUUCGAUAUUUCCGAAAUAAGUCUCGAUACGCAUCUCAUGAUGGCUGAAUUGCGAAUGUACAAAAACCUCCCAAAGGUCAAAAAGAGCAAUCAAACGCAAAAAUAUCAAAUUUCCGUGUUUUCGGUGUCAGAAUUUGGCGGCGAAGAAGAUCUCGUCCUCCAAACGAGCAUCAACACCACGAGUGACUAUCACGGAUGGAUCGAAGUAAAUGUCACAAGCACUUUGGACAAAUGGAUUUUGCACAAAGACAAAAAUCGCGGUUUGUACAUCAGUGUCAGCAAUUUAGAUAAUCCCGAUCACGAUGUUCGUUUCGAUGAAAUUGGUUUAAUUUCAUCGCGUGGCGACGAAGAGCAUCAACCCUUCAUGGUGGCAUUUUUCAAGGGACAACAAAUGAUUCAGACGCACAAGCGGCAACAUACGCGCGUCAAAAGAAACGCAAAAAGGAAAAAUAGUCACAAGCAGGGAAGGUCCGAGAUGCGAAAUCCCUUGAUGCAUGGCGAAAAUCAUCGAAGCUGCCAAAUUCAGACACUUUACGUGAGCUUUAAGGAUCUUAAAUGGCAAGAUUGGAUAGUUGCACCUGAUGGCUAUGGAGCGUUUUAUUGCAGCGGUGAAUGUAAUUUCCCGCUAAAUGCGCACAUGAAUGCGACAAAUCACGCAAUUGUUCAAACUUUGGUGCAUUUGAUGAAUCCAGGAAGGGUUCCGAAGCCAUGUUGCGCUCCAACCCGACUCUCCGCCAUUUCCGUGCUCUACUACUUGGACGACGCCAACGUAAACUUGAAGAAAUACAAAAAUAUGGUAGUAAAAAGUUGCGGAUGCCAUUAAGUGGCGCGAAACGAUGAGACUUAAGACGAUGUGCCUUCAUCCAAUUUCACAAUAAAAUGCAGUAUUCUACUCUCAUUCUCUUCUUUAUCCCCUGUAAAAGUAAGAAAUAACGCCCUAAAACGUAAAAUCUAUGAAAAUUGUGUCAUAUUUUUGCAUUUUUACACGAAAAAUUACUCGUCUCGUUUGGAUGUACUUUUUAAUUUAAUAAAAUA